AGGAAUGCCACAAGCCACCCGUGACUGAGGAAGAUGUGAGCGAUCCGAGGUUUGUCUGGUACUGUUCACGCUGUACCAAGAGUUUAAAGAAAAUGGUAAGCCAUUUAAAACGGGCAUAUGAAAUAUUUAAUAUUUAUCUGUAUAUUCGUGUACAAGUCUGUGCAGAAAAGAAUUAUGAUUUCUUGAAUACAGAGGACCAUUCAAAAUAGCAAAUUAACUUUACUCGAAAUUCUUUUGCCGCAAAAUAAAUUAUUACAUAUUACAGAUGACUAAAGAAUAACAAAAUGUUUCAACAUUCUUGUUUACUGAGCCAAGAUGUAAUUUAAGCCAAGAUGUCAUUUAAGUCAAACUUUUAUGUCAUUGUACUUAUGAUCAUUACUACAGGUGACACAGAAACCGUUGAAGCCCAAACCAAGCACAAGCUCUAGCUCGUCCAGUGCACCAAGAGAACAGAGCGGGUCUACAACGAAAUCCAGCAAGUCAGAGUCCAGCAAUAACAGCCAGGCUUUCAGGAGAAUAGACCCCAAGGUUGGCUAUGUCAAGUUAAACACAAUUACGCACCAAUGUUCUGCUCUCUGUUGUUACGUUUUUUUUAAAAUUUACUUGUGUAAUGAUCAUUGUGUUGUUUUUAUCUCCCCAGACGAUCGUCACGCCCAAAGAGACCAGCUCCAUUAACAGCUCCUCAUCUAAACCCAUGGUAGGGCUCGAAGGCCUAGCAGCUAACUUGGCCAAGCCUCGUGGAGAGUCAAAGAGCGGAUCAUCUCGCAAGUCCGACCAUAAAGGGGAUGGCUCCAAAUCGUCAAGUAAAGAGGGUAAACCAAGUGGUGGGAACAAAUCUGACAGCUCCUCCAAGUCCUCCACGUCCUCUUCCAGCAAAGCUGAGGACAAAAAGUCUGAGGGUAAAUCUUCCUCUAGCAAGGAAGAAAAAGACAAGAAGUCCAGCAGCAAAGGUGACGACAGGAGAGCCAGUGAAACCAAACCUUCAUCUUCCUCAGCACCAGCUUCAGCAUUAGCCAGUAAAGAAGAGAAAAAAUCAGAUUCGUCAUCAAAGAUGGAUGUGAAAUCAGAAUCUUCCUCGAAAUUGGAUCCAAAAAUGGAUUCAUCAUUAAAGAUGGAUAUGAAAACUGAUUCAUCCUCAAAGAUGGAUCAUAAAUCAGAAUCUGGGAAAGCCCAUGCCUAUCCAAGCCUGCCCAAGCUGGACAUCUCUCAAGCAAGGAGUUCACCUCCAAGAUCAUCGUCCAGCACCACCCCCACCACCCCAGAGUCACCAUCGUCCUCCAAAGGCAGCAGCAACGCCAUCAACAAACAGGCCAUAGCCAACCUGUCCAUGGUGACCGCCAAUAAAAGAAUGCAGAUGAUGAAGAAGAAAGCACAGACCAAGCCAGAGAAGAAGAUCCACAUCAAAUAGGGCCCUAGGCAUUGGUGUCCAUGGUGACGGCCAAUAAAAGAAUGCAGAUGCUGAAGAAGAAAGCACAGACCAAGCCAGAGAAGAAGAUCCACAUCAAAUAGUUGUCCAGCAUCAAUUUUUGUCAAUGUCAUGACAGUUGUGGAAGUCAUGCAAAGGUCAAAUGGCGUCUCAUUUUUUAAAAAAACAUACCCUGUUUUUUUGCAAGCAAGUCGGAUGUUGCUGAGAUCAAUCUGUUGCUUUCAUCAACAAGUCGGAUGUUGCUGAGAUCAAUCUGUUGCUUUCAUCAACAAGUUGGAUGUUGCUGAGAUCAAUCUGUUGCUUUCAUCAACAAGUCGGAUGUUGCUGAGAUCAAUCUGUUGCUUUCAUCAACUAUAGAAAAAAAAUGGAUCUUUUAAAAACUUCUUAAUUUGACUGACCACCAUAAAAUGAGCGAGAGAGAGUAGCAUCAAUCAAUCCUAUAAAUAGACUUAUUCGGAAAUGACUACUUCUCAAAAGUGAAUAGUUGCUACAAUUCACAGCAAUGGCCUAUUUAUUAUUUGGGGAGAGGAUCAGCUCCUGGGCAGGAAAAAAAAAGUAUUUUCAGUAUCUGGUCUAAAAUGAAAACAUAAAAAUUAAAAAUUGAACAAGCAAAUGCUGAGACAGAUUGUAAUAAGGUGCUCAUGAUAGCCUUGUAAUAAGGUGCUCAUGGUAGCCUUGUAAUAAGGUGCUCAUGGUAGCCUUGUAAUAAGGUGCUUAUGUUAGCCUUGUAAUAAGGUGCUUAUGUUAGCCUUAUUCUUUCAAUUCAAGUUUGUCAUAAAUUUGAUUAUGUACAGCCAACACAUUUGUUGAAUUUCAGACAAAAUGAAAAAUUGAUUGCUUAUUAUUAAAUGACUUUUAGAUGUUGGCCAAAUUCCAAUAGAUCAAACUUCCAGUGUUUUCAUAUUGAUUGUUCAAAUGUUGAAACUGUGAACAGAAGGAUGAAGAGUAGCCUUAUCAAGUU